AUGCUCAUAGAGGAACUCACAGAACACAAGGAUUCGCCAUUGAGUGUUGAUCCGUAUAAAGAAACUACGUAUGAGUUUGCAAAACCAACCAAGGAAGAAAAAAAUCAGCAACUCAUUGAUGACUUUUUGAAGCCAUCUCCAGAACUUAGUUGGGAAUUGCUCGAUCUUGUACAACCGAAACCAGAUGUGGAUAGGGAAAAAGUGAUUCAAAGACUAGUCAUUAAUCCAUCCAGUUUGAACAGAACGAAAAUCAGAUUCAAGAGAUCGGGAAUUGAGGGUAAGAUAUCAGGAUAUCGUGAGGAAGUCGAUUUGAAUGCGGUGAACGCAUAUGCAUCAAACUCUUUGAGUAUCAAUAGAGAUUACACAUCAAAAAGUGAAAGUCUAAGAGGAAAAACUGGGUUUUUACCCUUUCAACCUGGAGGAUUAUUACAACAGGCGUCAAUGGAUCGUGAGGUGAAGGAUGCUACUUCCAAUUUGCAUAGAAAUGAGUAUGGUUUGUUUGAUAUACCACCUGGGCUCUCGCGAGGUUUGGAUGUCGGAGAAACAAAGGGAUUGGCAGAAUUGGAGGAUUUGAGCAAGGAGGAAGAGGAUCAAAAUGGAGGAGAUUUCACUGAAUCCAUUAAAGAGCAUUUUUUAGUAGAUGGAACAAAUGGCGAAACAGCAUCAGCUGGAUCAAAGUCAAGACUCCCGUUUGAUGCGAAUGAAAUAGAAGGAUUAGUCCCCUUCGACUAUAAAUCAUUCAAGUACGACGACAGGAGACCGGUUGAAAAGCGAGAUUGGGCACAUGUUGUUGAUUUGGACCAUAAGAUAGAAGAUUUUAACGAAUUGGUGCCCAAUAUGGCCAGGAAAUGGCCAUUUGAGCUAGACACUUUUCAAAAAGAAGCUGUGUUUCAUUUAGAACAAGGUGAUUCUGUUUUUGUAGCAGCUCAUACUUCGGCAGGUAAAACCGUUGUUGCUGAGUACGCAAUUGCAAUGGCAAAAAGAAACAUGACAAAAUGUAUUUAUACAUCCCCUAUCAAAGCAUUAUCAAACCAAAAGUUUAGAGAUUUCAAAGAAACUUUCAAAGAUAUUGACGUUGGAUUAAUUACUGGUGACGUUCAAAUUAACCCAGAGGCCAAUUGUCUCAUUAUGACUACUGAGAUUUUGCGUUCAAUGUUGUAUCGUGGUGCUGAUUUGAUUAGAGAUGUCGAAUUUGUCAUUUUUGAUGAGGUGCAUUAUGUGAAUGAUAUAGAUCGAGGUGUGGUUUGGGAAGAAGUGAUUAUUAUGUUGCCAGAUCAUGUCAAGUACAUUUUAUUAUCGGCCACUGUUCCUAAUACGUUUGAGUUUGCCAACUGGGUUGGGCGUACUAAGCAAAAAGAUAUCUAUGUUAUUUCAACUCCGAAAAGACCUGUACCGUUGGAGAUUUUCAUAUCAGCCAAGAAUAAACUCUUUAAAGUUGUUGACUCAAGUAGGAGGUUUCUUGAAAAUGAAUUCAAGGCUCACAAGAAUUUGCUUGAAGCAGGAAACUCCAAAAAGGAGCUUCCUUCAACUACAAUGGGUUCAGGAAGUAGAGGUGGACCAGGCGGAACAGCCAGAGGCGGUAACAGAGCAGUCACUAGGGGCAGAGGUGGUGCUAGAGGAGGCGGUCGUGGUGGUGGCGGUCGAGGCGGCGCAGCCAACAAUUAUGGUAAUUUUUCAGGUCCUAAAAGGUUUGGAACAGAUGGCCCAAACAAAAACACCUGGCCGGAAUUGGUUCAUUAUAUGAAACUGAAUAAUUUACUACCAGCAGUUAUUUUCGUUUUCUCAAAGAAAAAGUGUGAAAUGUAUGCUGAUUCUCUACACGGGGUUGAUUUUUGCACUGCGAAGGAAAAAUCAGAGAUUCACAUGUUUAUUGAUAGAGCUGUGGGAAGAUUGAAAAAAGAGGAUCGUGAAUUGCCUCAAAUUAUAAAGAUUCGUGAAAUGCUUAGUCGAGGUAUAGCAGUACAUCAUGGUGGUCUUUUACCAAUUGUUAAGGAAUGUAUUGAAAUUUUAUUUGCCAAGACAUUGGUAAAGGUCUUGUUUGCAACUGAGACAUUUGCCAUGGGAUUGAACUUACCAACUAGAACAGUUGUGUUUAGUUCGACGAGAAAACACGAUGGUAGAGGAUUUAGAAACCUUUUGCCGGGAGAGUUUACUCAAAUGUCUGGGCGUGCUGGUAGAAGAGGAUUGGAUGCCACUGGUACUGUCAUAGUCAUGGCUUACAAUGAGGCAUUAUCUCCAACUGACUUCAAAGAAGUGGCUUUAGGAACGCCUACCAAAUUGCAAUCACAAUUCAGAUUGACAUACAAUAUGAUUUUGAACUUGCUCAGGAUCGAAGCUUUAAAAGUAGAGGAGAUGAUAAAGCACUCCUUUAGUGAGAAUUCCGCCCAGGUGUUACUCCCAGAGAACAAAAAGAGACAUGAUGUGCUUACAAACACAUUAAGCAGUUUGACUUUGAAAUCGUGUGCCGAAUGUGACUUGAAGAAUGUCGAAGAAACUUGUAAGCUCAUGUUUGAGUACGAGGAUGUUUAUGGCCAAUGCGUUGUCGAUAUUCACAGAUCCCCCAUAUUGAAGACACAAUUGUUGAAGAUUGGAAGAUUAGUUUGCUUUCGAGAUAAGGAAUCUAUAUUGAGAUUUGGAUUUGUUGUAAAGUCAGAUAGCGUUAAUGACAGUAUUUUCCUACUCACAUUCAACCAUGGCAAGGAAUACGAAACUACACAAGAAAAAUACAAGUUGCCAUACAUUCCAAUCAAAACUUAUUUGCGCAACAACUUUACCAAAAUUAAAUAUGGUGGCGGUCUCAAAGUGGUAACGGUCCCAUAUGAAAAUGUCAAUUUCAUAAGCAGGCUCGCAUUGAAGGGCUCAAUGAGUGCGAUAAUUGAAAACAAACGCGAAGCGGUUGUUCAAGCAGAAGAGGAAAUCAACAGUGCUCUUUGGUUCCAAAACAAGUUGGACGAGAUGAGUUUCAACAAUACCAAACAAAUAUCCCUUCAUGAUUUGUGUACUGAAAAGGAUAAUGUUUUGUCAAAGAUUACUGACUUGCAAGCCUUCACAUGCUCAAACUUCAAGCAGCAUUAUGCUGAAUAUCGUGAGAUGCACCUUCUUCGAAUGGAAUUGGAAGGAUUGGAGAGGUUGAUCUCAGAUGAAAAUUUGGAUCUUUUGCCUGAUUAUGAACAAAGAUUAGAAGUUCUUGAAACCCUCGGAUUCAUCGAUGAGAAACACAAUGUUGUUUUGAAAGGUAGAGUUGCGUGUGAAAUUAACUCUGGCUGGGAGUUGAUCCUUACUGAGUUGAUUCUCGAUAACUUUCUCGGUGAUUUUGAGCCAGCUGAAAUUGUAGCGCUUUUGUCGUGUUUUGUUUAUGAAGGUAGAACUCAAGAGGAGGAACCACCAUUGAUUACUCCAAGAUUGGAAAGGGGAAAAGCUAGAAUACAUGAGAUUGCUGACAAGUUGCUUCGAGUAUAUAUCGAGAAACGGGUUUCGCUAACGUCAGAGGAAGAGGAAUUUGUUGAAAGUAAACGAUUUGCUUUAGUCAAUGUUGUUUACGAGUGGGCGAACGGGUUAAGUUUCAAUGAAAUAAUGGGCAUCAGUGUUGAAUCAGAAGGGACAAUUGUCAGAGUUAUCACAAGGUUAGAUGAAAUUUGUCGUGAAGUAAAGAAUGCCGCCUUGAUCAUUGGUGAUUCAAAGUUACAUUUGAAAAUGGCUGAAGCACAGGAAAAGAUCAAACGAGACAUUGUGUUUUGUGCAUCGCUAUAUCUAUAA